GUAGAAUGCUACGCUCUAUUUUCUAUAGUUAGAACACAAAACUUUCCUCCGCUAAAAUCCAAAAAAUUCAAUGCCAAAAGGUUCACUGUAAUGUAGAGUAGAUGAGAGGGAAAAACUUUUCGGUGUUUGUGUAUUGCGACACACAUUUGGUUCUUGAUAAUGUUAGCAGUCAGAUGUGUAGAGGAGUUGCUCUCAUUUUUCAUUUUCAACUAUUUCCUCCAAAUUCUAUAAUACAAUUCUUUGCAUCGUCCCCCAGAAGCUUAUGGAGAUCCAUCCAAAGGCCAUGUGAAUGCUAUGUCAGACUUUUGUACCUUUGCCAUUACUUUAAAGCAAUAACAAUCUCAGGUCAUUAGCUGCCCAAGAUUUGCGCUUAACAGCCCUCACGCCCAGCAGGAGGUUGAAUAAAUUAAGUAUAAUACUAAUAAAAGAUUGCAAUCAGAAAGCAAAGACAAAGGGAACCGAGAAGAAAACGAAAACCAAGGAUCCUCAAAGAGUUGACUGACUAGAUAAACAUUAGUGUUCAUCACCUUAACAGUGCAUCUCUUCCACUCAAUGCAACAACUUGAGGAUGGAGAAGAACAAGAGAUGGCCAGUUUUCGGUCCAGCUCCAGUGACCUUCUUGCUUGUUCUCAUUAUGCUCUUUGCUGAUUUCUUCGGGGGAGAUAUCGUUCCAUUUGAUCGAUGGAUGCAACAGUUCUCGAGCUCACAAGAUGAAGAGGAGAAGCCACCGCAAUCCCCAUUUGCAAGACUUGUCAGAGGGAAAGAUCGGAGAAAGCUAGAAACCACUGGAUUUGCUUGCGAUGUUGCUGAAAACUCGAUCGUCUGUUUAGCGGAUCUCCCGGUAAGAAUUGACACCAACAACAACAUUACAGUUUAUGAUUCCUCUAGUCAUUGGGUGGAAGAAGAAACUAGUGUUAAGCCAUAUGCUCUGCAAAAGGAUAAGUACCUUCUCCAGUAUAUCACUCCAGUCAGGAUAUUGCACGGUGCCAAUCAGCCACCAGUUUGCCAAUAUAACCAUGAAGUCCCUGCUGUAAUUUUCUCAUCUGGCAUCUCGGGGAACUUAUUCCAUGAAUUCAAUGACAUUUUGAUUCCCCUUUUCAUCACAAUUAAGCAUUUCCAAUCCCGUGUGCUCAUCAUCCUGGAGGAUUACGAUCCUUCAUUUGUGGCCAAAUAUAGCAAGAUAUUCUCUCGAAUGUCGAGUUAUGAGGUCAUGAAUCCAGCUGCCAAUAGAAGCGUGCAUUGCUUUCCAGGGAUGAUUCUUGGGCUCAAGUACCAUGAUAAUCUGGCUUUGAAUCCCAGUGACAUCCCUGGAGGAUACUCUAUCCAUGAUUUCAGGCAGUUUAUUGGACAAACAUACAGCCUAAAGUUCACGCAUGUUUCCCAAAUUAGAAAGCCAACUCUGAUGCUUAUAUCCCGUGAGAAAACGCGGAAGAUUCUAAAUGAAGAUGAGAUGAUUACCAUGAUGAAAGAGUUGGGAUUCCGGGUCAUUGUUGCCAGAGCGGAGGAGGCAAGAAAUGUGAACAAGUUCGCCAACACAGUUAACUCGUGCAGUGUGCUUGUGGGCACUCAUGGAGCUGGGCUUACAAAUGAGUUGUUCUUGCCUGCUGGCGCAGUCAUGGUGCAAGUAGAACCACUGGGACUGGAAUGGGCAGCAGCCAACUACUAUGGCAACCCAGCCCCCACAAUGCACGUUCAUUACCUGCGAUACAAGAUCGAACCGGAGGAGAGCUCACUUAUAGAAUUGUAUGGACACCAUCAUUCUGUCAUCACAGAUCCAGAGUCAGUCUAUGCAAAGGGCUAUCGAGAAGUUCGGGCUGUGUACCUUGACCAGCAGGAUGUAAGAGUCAACAUAGUGAGGUUUAGGAAAACAAUACUUCAAGCCCUUAAACUGGUUAAAAACGCAUCUUUAACUAGGUAAUUUUUUAUCAGAUCAACAGUCAUCCAUGUAGUGAAGCACAGAAUAUUGAACAAGACACCAGGUAACUUGGCCCAAGAAACCAUUUCCGGGAUUGGAUUAUAUAAACCUAACAUCUCUACAAUUACAAUCAGACAGAAGCAUUUGUUAUCUCAGAACUAGGAAUUCAAUAGGCCACUCUCUAUGUUCUGAGAAAAUCAUAUGUACUUAGAGUCUCUUAGACCAUGAAGCAUUACAGAAGCUGCCGAGUUCUCUGCCUCUUUCACUCGUGGCUUCUCAU